ACCUUAUCCAGCUCCAUGCCCAGCCCUGUGGAUGCAUCCUCAGCAGACGGUGGCAGUGGGUUGGGUUCCCACCGGAGAAAGCGGACCACCUUCAGCAAAGGGCAGCUGCUGGAGCUGGAGAGGGCAUUUGCAGCAUGGCCCUACCCCAACAUCAGCACCUGUGAGCACCUGGCCUGGGUCACUCGCCUUCCUGAGGCCAAGAUACAGGUGUGGUUCCAGAACCGCCAGGCCAAAAGAAUCAAGAAUAGGAAGUUAGGAAGUCUAAGCCCCAGGCCUGAGUACCCCCAGAGCUCCUGUUUUCUUCCAGACACCCUCCAGCAGCCCUGGGAUCCCCAAAUGCCAGGCCAACCUCCACCCUCCAGCAGCACACCUCAGCGCACCUCAGUGUGUGUGCACAGCUCCUGUCCAGCUCCUGGCUUGGGUCCAGGGCAGGGCUGGGAAGGGGCUAAAGCUGUAGCCCCAUGGGGACCAGCUGGGGCUUCAGAGGUCCACCCUUCUUUAGAGCAAGCUACUCCCCAGACUUCACUAGGCAGCCUGUCUGACCUCAUCUAUGCCUCGGCCAUUGUCAUCAGUGUGGACCACUCCUAGUCUUGGUCCAGAACUUGCAAGACCCCUCCUCUGACACCUGUAGCCCACCCUGCCCCUCCUGGGAUUGAACACAUCAGAAGUGGAUCCCCUGGCCCCACUUUUUAUGCAAAGGGAUUCCCUAUGGGAAAGGAGUUUAGCUCAGGCAUCCUUCCCUUCUACUGGCCUCCAGACCAGCCUAGAUGCACGCUGGGGCCUGGCUCCUGCCACCCCACACCCUGACCCCUUUGGGGCAUAUGCUCAUUGUUGUGGCAGGAGGUACCUUCAGAAGGAUGAGAUGAGGGCCAUGUUUUCCUCCACUCUUGCCAGGCCUGGUCCCCAGUUCUCACCAGCUGAUGACCUCCUCCCUC